AUGCGCUCAUUUGCAAGGAUACUGCAUCCGCGCGGACAACGAGUACGAGCUGAUGCAUCUGUACGCCGACGCCACCUACUUCAGCCUCCAGAAACUGCUCAAACAGCUCACCGAGGACUUCUACUACUGCAACGUGGGCGGGCUCAGUUUCCGGUUCCCGCAGGACCUGGUGGCCGGCGAGGGCAACCACCCGAACUACUUCACGGUGGCGUACCAGACCACGUUCCAGAGCCCGUACUUUCGCGGCGAGCUGAAGGACGUGAUCCGGCCGCCGCCCCAGAGCCCGAUCGUGGUCAAGCGCAGCGCCAAGCUGUUCACCGACCUGCUCAAUGCGCUGUCGACGGGCCGCAUCUUCGUCGACAACGAGAACCACCGUCGCCAGCUGCUGGCCGAGUGCCGCUACUACCGGUUUCUUGCUCUGGAGCAGAAACUGAUUCCGCACAAGAUCCAGACGAACCCGUUCACCCACUGCGAGGAGAUCGUUGUUGCGCUGGGCGACAUCAGGAAGGACUGUCUCUCGCUCGCGUGCGACAGCUCCGCCGUGUACAAGCGGCCCUACGUGGACGCCAAGGCGCGCGUGCUGGUGCUCCAGAUCGAGUCCGAGGAGGCCAGCCUACUGAUCCACACAGAGCUCUCUUUUGUCAAUCUGCUAUUUACCGGGGCCACCGCGCACCGGCUGUACACGCUGCUCAGCCCGCUGGACGGCGACCUGUACGAAUCCACGGUGCUCGAGGACGGCAGCGUCCGGGAGAAGCUGCGGAUGUUUGUUUCGCUGGAUGA